AUGCCUGAAAUAGCGAUUAGUUCGACUGGUUGGUUAGCUAUUUGUUUACGUAAUGGUAUUGCUGGUAUAUUUCAUAUGAAAGAUACAUCUUUAUGGCAAUAUCUUCAAUCUGAAUCGAAAAGUAAUGAUUUAAAUCGUAAUUUAAUAAAAUUCAGUCCAAAUGGACAAGUUUUAAUUAUUACUGGAGAGAAUAAACAAUUGAAUGUAUAUAUUGCAAAGGAUGAAUUUUUUUGGCAGUUACAAAAAAUAAUUAUUGUUGAAAAAUUUAUUACAGCAUUAGAUUUAACUAAUGAAUUUUUAUGUAUCGUUAAUAAAAAUGGGGAUAUUUAUAAAAUUGAUUUAUUAUUCAAUGAUAAUAGCAAGCAUUUAAUUCUUAAUGAUGAAUAUUGUAUCAUAAAACAUUCAUCUAUGAUAUUAGAUAUGAUUUCUAACGAAUCAUUUAUUUUAAUAGCUGAUCAAAAUAAAAAAAUUUGUUUAAAUUCAUAUCCAGAUAUUUCUCAGAACCAAAGUUAUUGUCUUGGUCACACGGAAUUUGUGUCUCAUCUUAAAUUAAUUGAUAAUUAUCGAUUUCUUUCAGCAUCAGGAGAUGGUACAUUACGUCUAUGGAGUUUGCCUGAUUGUAAACCACUUGUUUUUAUUCAUUCAAAAAUAUUUGUUCUAUUAUCCAAAGAAAUUUUUUAUACUCAAUUAUUUCAUUCCGAAAAUCAAACAUUCAUAGAAAAUUAUCGAUUAGAUGCAAAGCCAGAUGAAUUUUGUUCAGAUCCAUCUUCAAUUAUAAAUUAUUCAAUAUGGAAAAUGGAUAUUGCUUCAUUUAAUUCAAAUGAUUCAAAUAUUUAUAUUGCUUUUUCAAUUUAUUUUCAACGUUUACAUUCAAUCUAUCUAACAACUUUAUUAAAUAUGAAAGAAUUAAUAAAUGAACAACGAAAAUUAAUAUUUGAUUCAAGUUAUGGUACAAUUAUUGAUUAUUGUUUUUCAUCAAAAGCAAUUUUACAUGAUGAUUAUAGAACAAAUUCCAAAUGUUACCUAUAUAUUUUAUUUGAUAGUAAUACAUUACUAAAAAUUGAUGUUAUUUCGAUACUUUCUUGUGAUAAAACAGAAUUAUUUAUAAAACCUGAUGAAGAUGUUCAAGAAAUUAAUAAUAUAUUAGCUAGUAAAGAAUUUCAUUCUAUAAAUAAUAAUAAUACUACAGUAUCUGAUGAUAUUUUAUAUAAAGAAUUAUUUAAAAAUCAUUUAGAAUCUUCUGAUAAUUGUUGUUCUAAACGUAAAAAUGAUCGAAUUGAUCAAGAACAACGAAAAAAACAAAUAUGUUCACAAAUGGAAGAAAAUAUUUCGAUCGCCUGA